AAUGGAGGUGUAUCGUUGGAGGCCAGAGGAAGCCUUUAGUGUACAGGAAAGAGGGGUGGAUUCCAGCGCGAGGAAAUCACUUGAAAAUACGGGGCUGCGCUUUGACCGUCGGGGAAGGCGAAGAGGAAAGUUCUGGGGAAGCUGGCGUCAUGGGUCUACUGGACUUCCUGUGCUGGAGAAUUGCCACGCUGCUGCUUCUGUUUCCCAUCGGGCAGGAGUGCUUGUCGGUACACAUCGCCAACGAGGAGCCCCUGUACAUCAUCCCGGGCUCCACCCUGGUCCUCCGCGCCCACAUCGAGUCCGGCUCCCCGGAGGAGGUGUCGGCCGUCACCUGGGAGCGGGAGCCCGAGAGCGGCGCCCCCGAAGGGCGGGCCGCGCUGGCCGCCUGUCCCGGAGGGAGCCCCCAGCUGCCCGUCCAGUGCGCCUCCAACAGAGCAAACGUGCGGGCCAGCGUGCAGCAGCAGGCCAGCGUCCUGCACGUCAGCGGGUACGCCGCGGCCGACGCGGGCGUUUACGCUGUCACCGUGACGGGGAAGGCGGGAAAAUCCAGCACGGCGCGUUGCAUCGUCAGAGAAUACGCAGAGGCGGUGCACCACGUGUCGGUGAGCAUCAACGUGUCGCAUUCGUCGCUGGUGUGCGGCGAGGCCUGGGGGACGGAGCCUCAGUUCAGCUGGCUGCACGAGCGCGACGCCGUCACGGGCAACGUGGGCCGCGUGUCCCCGGACGGCGCCACCCUGGUGGUCACCAAGGUGCCCAUCUGCGGGCACUUCACCUGCGUGGUCAGCAACAAGCUGGGCUACAGCUCCGCCACGUACACGGCCGCACCGUGUGAAACGGACAGCAUCAGCGGGUCGACGGUGGCGAUUGUUUGCCUGGUCGUCCUGCAGAUCUUAGCAGGAGGCCUGGCAUUUCUACUGUGGAGGAGGUACCAGAAGAGGAACCGAGGAGACAGGCUGCGUGAAAAUAUGGACGAAAACAUUUAAAAAGGACCCGAAAGCGGAAAAAGAACAUCUUCAUCAUGAAUUUGAGGAUUUUUUUUUUUUUUACUGUCACCAGCAGGACUUGUACUUCAAUUUCACAUGGUGUAGUAGAACUACAGGUAUAGCUCCACUGCCCCCUGUUGGGCCACACUUGACCCUGCAUGUUUAAUCCUGUCACUUUCUCCUAAUCUUUGUCUGCUGGAUGAUUCAAAAAGAGAUCGAACUUCCAAAUAAACAUGCUCAACUAGUACUUGUAGCAAUUGCCAAAAAAAUAAAAAUAAAAAAAUGGAAAGAUAAACAAGCUAUCAAUAUUAACGAAGGGCAAACUCUCAUCCUACACGAGAAAAUAUCUGCCAAAUGUAAUAAACAAAGAGAUUAAGAAAAGUUGGGUCACCUUUCAUUAAAAUGGUGAACCUUGAAGCUUGAUUUGGAAGUGUUCUGGUCCGCUGGCCUCACUCCUUGAUUCUUGUCCUGGUCUCCGGGUGGGGGGAUUGGGAUCCUGUCUCCAUUUCUUCCCGGCUAGAUUAAAGCCUACAUUUGGAUGUCGGCACCUCAUACCUUGGACAGGCCAUCUUUCUGGGACCUGGUCUGGUUGGGGGGAGGAUUAGCUGUAGGGUAGUGAAGGCCCGCCUUCCUGUUCUCUGUGGUGUCCCCGCCGGUCGGACCAAAUCCACGAAUAAGUUUGAUAGAUACACUGUAGACUUUAAUUUAUUGUGCUGGGACCACUAACAAAAACAAAGGUUACACCAACAUUAGUUUUUGCAUGUCCUCCCCGGGUGUCCCGUCCCCCCACCCUUCACAAAAAAGGAACACAUUUUGACUCUUGUAAUCUUAUUACUGUUGUUAUUACUGUUAUAUGUAGACUGAGUAUUGUUCUGCUGUGGCUUCCACGCUCGUUCCACUCGUCCAGUGUCCUGCCGUCGGUCCCCUAAGUCGCUUUUCUGUCCGGCUGCAUUUUCAAUAAACAGAAUAAUUUUUAAAAAUUAAAUCGGUGCAGUAUUUCAAACUCCCCUUCAUGAAAUCUAUGCAUUUU